AUGGCAUCUCCUCUGGUCAUGAGGGAUUUGACUCCCCUCUUCUUCCGCUUUAAAGCAGAGGCAAAGGAAAAACGGCUGCGUUUCAGCAAGCCCACAGUCUGCCUCCCCAGUCCCACAAACAGAAAUGCCACUAGCUUUAGAUAUUGGGGCUAUGGGUUGGUGCUGCAGGUGGAUGCCCUUGAAGAGCUGCACGACGACCUUGCGCACAUCAAGGAAAGGAUGGGUCAGCUGCAGAAGGUGCAGCAACGGCGACUGCUGCAAGUCUUUGGGGAUUCUUAUGGCGAGACAGCCAUAGGCCGCGAGAUCGACACGCUUACUGCCGGCAUAACUCAGGCAAGCAUCUUUUUUGUCUUGUCGUUCCUGUUCCAUCGCAGCGACUUGAAGCUGCAAAAGUUGUGUCCACCUGGGGCUGCCCAGAGCUCCUCCACGGAGACGCGCAUGCAGCAGAAUGCUCAAAAGGCUGUCGCUGCCCAGCUGCAUAGUCUUAACCAGGCCUUUAGGCAGCAGCAGAAGGCCUACUUAGAAGGCAAGAAUGUUGCUAAGAGGCAGAUAUACACAAGCAAUAGAUAG